AUGUUAUUAAGGAGAUGCAUUGGUGCUUUCGCUGGCCAACAGAGCGUUUCGAGGCCCCACAUUUUGCCACAGUUGCUCAAAAUCAGGUGGAUCUCCACAGAGGCAGAAAAAGACGUUUCAAAGGAUCUUUCAUGGGUAGAAUUUUUUGAAUUACGGAAAAAACAGCGCAGAAUUAAUGUUGGAUCUUCAGUGUUCACAGCCUUUUUGGGCUGUAAUAUUUCCUGGGCGUAUUUGUCAACUAUGGAGAUCGAUCCCACACAAACGAUCUUUGGAUUUGAUCCGCUUGCUGUUAUAUCAGCAGGGAUUGGUGCAUCCGGUGUAUUGGGGUACUUGUUGGGUCCUCUGAUGGGCACAAAGCUGUUUAAUGUGACACAUAGAGAGAAACUGAAGGGCUUCGAACAGAAGAACAAGGAGUUCUUGAAAAGGAUCAUUGAAAAUAGGGUGGAUGCGUCUUCCCAUAGUUUCAGCAAUCCAGUGCCAGAUUAUUACGGCGAGAAAAUUGGCUCAUUGAAGGAAUACAGACAAUGGUUGCGGGAUUGUCAUGCCUUCAGAAGAAAGGCACGCGAGUUUCUGUAA